ACCAAGAAAACCAUGAUCUUCAUUGCUCUUCUCUCUUUUCUGCUCUUAGUGAAUACCAACCCAAGUCAGGGUGCUGAAAUAAUUGGAGGUACAGAGGUGAAGCCACACACACUCCCUUUCAUGGCUCUGGUGCAGAGUGACCAAACUUACUGCGGAGGAACACUGAUCCAUCCAAAAUGGGUUCUGACUGCUGCCCAUUGUGCUCGCUCUGGCCCAGUUAAGAAAGUGAUUUUAGGGCUUCACUCUCUCAAGAACACGGAGGAGGAUUUCAAAGAGGAGAGAAAAGUGGCGCGCCAGGUGAUCCAUCCCUGCUUCAACACGGACCUGGCCAUCAAUGACCUCAUGCUGCUGGAGCUGGACCAACCCGUGAAGAAGACAAAGGCAGUUAACUGGCUCAUCUUGGGGGAAAAAGGCAAUUACCCCAAAAACGGCAUGAGCUGUCUGGUAGCUGGAUGGGGCCAAACUCGCUACUUCAAUGGGGCCGGGUCUGAUGUGCUGCUGUCAGCCCCUGUCACUGUGAUUGACAGGACCUUGUGCAAGCAGUAUGGUGAAUGGCCAUUUAUCACAAAAGGAAUGAUAUGUGCUGGCUUUGUUGGCAAGAACCAGGGUGGCGUCUGGAAGGGUGACUCCGGAGGGCCACUCUUGUGCAACAAAGCUCUGGUUGGUGUGACUUCUUUUGGGAAACCACUCAGACCCGGCGUGUUCGCCUAUCUCUCCGGAGAGCGACUUGCAUGGAUUAAAGAGACCAUUGAAAAUACGAAAUAAAUCAUGACUUCUUGAUGUCAAUAAAGUCACCUGAGCAAGUGUCUGGGGUUAAGUGAAUUAUUGAUGUUCAGGACAAGCUUACGUGUUGCCUCAUGAUUUUCAUUGAGAGAUUCUAAAAUGUAUUCGCCAGACCU